AUGGGGUCCACUUCUGCGCUUUCGCUAUGUUCUCCCUCAAUGGUUAAUCGUUUGGAUCAUGAACAAAACAAAGGGUUAAAGGGAAGAGUCUUGAGUCGCUCGUUAAGCUAUGGUGCGCAGGGUGCUCUACUUCCACUUACUCCACUCUAUAUUAGUAGUAGUAGUCGGAGGAGCAGAAGUGUGCGCUUGCGGAUAAGGGCCGCAGCGUCCGACGGCGUUUCGAGGCGGCCAUCCUCGGGUUCCCGGAGAGUUUAUAGGGAGUCUCAAGCUCAAGGCCCACCGGCUCCCGUUAAAGAACUUGCUUCUUCCAUUGCCCCAGUUGGUGCAUUCGUUGUUGUCACUUUUGUUUUAUGGAAAUUGGUGGAAAAAAUUCUUGUGCCUAAACCAGCUAAGUCUCCGUCAGAGGAGAAAAGAUCUACUGAGGGAGUGAAAUGGUCCUUUGCUCCAGGGACCAACCUCUUAUCGCCUUUUACUGCAAAGGCUGAGAGAGAGUCCAGGCAAAGACUCAAUGAAUUCGCCAAAGAACUGCGGUUAUUCCAAAGCGUUGAUAUGUCAGGUCGUGGUUUUGGGAAUGAAGGGCUUUAUUUUCUAGCUGAGAGCUUGGCUUACAACCAGACUGCAGAGGAAGUGAACUUUGCUGCUAAUGGAAUAACUGCAGAAGGCAUAAAGGCCUUUGAUGGUGUUUUGCAAUCAAAUGUUGCUCUAAAAACUUUGGACCUUUCAGGCAACUCGAUAGGAGAUGAAGGAGCCAAGAUAUUGUCUGAAAUUCUGAUGGGAAAUAGCAGCAUUCAAAAGCUCCAAUUGAAUAGCACAGGAUUGGGAGAUGAGGGAGCAAAAGCUAUUGCUGAACUAUUGAAGAAAAAUGCUAACUUGCUUGUUCUUGAACUCAACAACAAUCUAAUCGACUACUCGGGAUUUUCAGGCAUUGCUGAAGCACUUCUUGAGAAUAAAAGUGUAGAAGCCUUGUAUCUCAAUGGAAACUAUGGUGGUGCUUUGGGUGCUUCUGCUCUCGGGAAAGGUUUGGAGGGGAACAAAUCACUGAGGAACCUCUUUCUGAGUGGGAAUACUAUUGGAAAUGAAGGUGUUCGUGCUCUGAUGGCUGGGUUAUCUGCACGGAAAGGCGGAAUCACAAAUUUGGACAUUUCGAACAAUUCAAUCACUGCCACAGGCGCUUUUCAUGUUGCCGAGUAUAUUAAAAGAAGCAAAAGCUUGAGAUGGAUAAAUAUGUACAUGAACGAUAUUAAAGAUGAGGGAGCUGAGAAAAUAGCAGAGGCAUUGAAGCAGAACCGCUCUGUAACAGUUAUAGAUUUGGGGGGAAAUGACAUCCAUGCAAAGGGUGUCACUGCUAUUGCACAAGUCCUCAAAGACAAUUCUGUCCUUACAACAUUGGAGAUUGGAUACAACCCAAUUGGGCCCGAAGGAGCAAAGGCAUUAGCUGAGGUUCUAAAGUUUCAUGGAAGUAUAAACAAUCUUAUGCUUGGAUGGUGUCAGAUUGGCGUCGAGGGCACAGAGUACAUUGCUGACAUGUUGAAGUACAACAAUACCAUAGCAUCUCUGGACCUACGAUGCAACGGACUUAGAGAUGAGGGAGCCUCGUGUAUAGCCCGUAGCUUGAAGGUGGUCAAUGAAGCUUUAACAACUCUCAAUUUAGGAUUCAACGAAAUCAGAGUAUGGAAUCGUUUCCUCUGGCAACUUUUAGAUGUUUUCUUAUUUCCGGCAUCAUUUUUUAUUUUAUCUUUUUCGCCACAGGAUAACGGGGCUUUUGCUAUCGCUCAAGCACUCAAAGCAAAUGAAGAUGUGAGACUGACAUCAUUGAAUUUGGCCAGCAACUUCCUAACUAAACUGGGACAGACUGCUCUAACAGAUGCAAGAGAUCAUGUCUUUGAGAUGAAUGAAAAAGAAGUCGCUAUAUUCUUUUAGAAGGCAUUAUAGAUUGGUGGACAGGUGCAUCAUACUAAUCUCAUCGAAGAUUUGAAGGACCAUUAACUGGGUGAUAAAUUUAGCCCUCGGGUACAAGUAUUCAUCCUGUUUGUCCUGUUUUGUGAACCUGGACUGACUUUCAUUUACUAGAGGGGGCACCAGAAAUUUUGGCACGCUGAGAACACGGUAUUAGUUGAGACUGGUAUUUGGACUCGGGAAUUUUGGAUGCGAACAUAACCAAAAUAUUAGGAUGUAAAUGGUGAGACAGUUAUUAUUAUGAUUUUUUGGUAGUAGGAAAAAGGUGUUGGCUAACAGGUAUUACAAUGCUGGUGGUUGUAAAGAACUGUUUCAAGUUGCUUUUUUGAGGAAGAACCGUAGCACAGUUGUGACUGCAGAAAAUUUGAAUGACAGUUUUAAAUGAAAAAGAACACUAUCUGUAUUUCUCCAGCCAUUUUUCAAGACGCUUGUAGUUCAGCGCAAUGUGCAGUCAGUUCAUGGCCAUAGAAAAGAUGAAAUGAAGAGGUAAAUAUACGAAAAUUACUGAUGAAAUGAUGGGACAAAGAACCAUCAUCGUUGUCAAUCCUUUAUCGAAAAUAUGGGGCUAGAUAGAGCAGGAAGAUGGGAUUGCUUGAAGCUUAAAGCAUGCGCCGAAACAGGACCAAUCCUGACUCCAUUGCUUUGAGAAGAUCUGAGGAUGGAGAAGUGGUGUCCAGCUAACCAUCUUCAAGUGAAAACGCACAGAAGUGACCCCAGCUAAUUAACCUCAUGCUCGGUCAAUCGAAACACUCUCUCAAAGAAAAUGAUCAGUAAUUAUUGACGACAUUAGAGGCCGAUAACAUAUGGUAUAAAAAAAAAAUUACAAGGACUGGAUUAUAGAGGCUUCAAACUAGGACUAGAAAGUAGAGUGUGGAAGUGAAAGGUAAAAUGUCAAUCCAAUAGUGUCCCAUACUGUUGUUGUUGUCAGUCGUGCGACAUGUAUGUGAAUUUCGGACCCUCUUUUCCCAAGCUUUGGUGUCUCCCACUUCUCCGUCAUCAUCAAUUCUCUCCAGCUGGAUACCAGCUGGCUCUGCUUGAUCACGCUGAGACGAUGAUUCAUACAUAUCAAGGAUUCUCAACUUUUAUGUGUACGGAAAUUCUUGCUUUAUUUCGGCGGAAAACGACACUGUAAGAACGGCCCGAAUCCAUAUCUCUCUUGAUGUGAAUAAUGGGCGAUGGAUAUAUCUAUUCAAGUCCCGAUCUUAUGGGGCGUAGUGUUAACUUUGUCCGUUAUCGGUUUAGCCCAUCCUCUAAGGUGUAUUACUAUAGAGUGUGUAGAUUGUUCUAAUCAAAUGCAUUAUGGUUGAGGGGAAGAGACUCCUCAGCUUGCUUAACUGAUGACGGCCUUUUAGAUUGCGCCUUCUAUUUGUUGAAAUUGUCUUAAUUGUGUUGCCUAUAACUCAGCAAGGGACGUCAAUUAUUGUUACAGG